GUGGACACCAGAGCAGGAAAUUAGACAGGGGAGGUGGGGGAACACACACAUGCAGGGAUUUUCAUAGUCUUAUUGCCAGAUGAGAGAGAAUUUCAAUAUGCUGCUAAAAUUAACAAUUUGGAAACCAUGGAAAAGCUGUUUAAAAAGAAUGUUAAUUUAAAUGCUGUAGAUACUCUGAAGCGCACUGCAUUCCAUUUUGCUGUUGCGGGAGGUCAUGUGUCAGUGGUGGAUUUUCUUCUUCAUCACAAGGCUAGGCUUGACAUAUCAGAUCAGCAUGGCCUGACAGUGAUUCAUCUUGCAGCUUGGACUGGAAAUCUGGAUAUAAUGCGAAAAUUAGUUAAAGCAGGUGCUGAUCAAAAGGCUAAGAAUGAGGAAGGAAUGAAUGUACUGCACUUUGCGGCUCAGAACAACAGCGUUAAAAUAGUUGAUUAUUUUCUCCAAGAACUUCAUCUGAAUGACUUGAACAAGCCUGAUGCGAAAGGUAAAAAGCCAUUUCUUCUGGCUUCUGAGAAAGGCCAUGUUGACAUGAUAAACAAUUUGAUUGCUCUGAAACUGUUCACAUCUGAAAAAGAUAAGGAGGGAAACACAGCAUUGCAUUUAGCAGCCAAAAAUGGUCACAGUGAAGUUGUAGAAAUUCUGCUUGAACAGUGGGAGGAAAUAAAUGACCUCAAUAAGAAUGGAGAAACUCCAUUUUACUUGUCUGUUAAAGGAGGUCAUGAAAAAUGUGCUGAACUCUUACUGGAUGCAGGGAGUGACAUCAAUGUUUUAACUCAGAGGAUUAUGAUUCCAAAUGAUAGCAGUGCUUUGCAGGUUGCAAUUCAGAAUGGACAUCUAUCCUUGGUUACUUUUCUUAUUGAUAAGAAUAUUGACCUGGUUCCUAAACCCGAGCAGAAGAAUUCCCCUCUCCAUUUAGCAGUCAUCGGUAACAAUCUACCAGUAGUAAAAAGCCUUUUGGAUGCCAAUCAUGAUAUAAAUUCCUUAAACAAUAGGCAGGAAACCCCUCUGCAUUUGGCAGCUGAUCUUGGUAAUGUGGAGUUGGUGGAAGUGCUGCUUAAGGCAGGCUGUGAUCUCAAGACCAUGGAUAAGCAUGGAAAAACUGCACUAGCUGUGGCAUCAAGGAGCAAUCAUGCCCUCAUUGUAGAUAUGAUCAUUAAAGCAGAAAGGUAUUACACCAUGAAAGAGACACAUCUGGCUCAUAGCGAUGAUGGCUCAGACUUCAGCUUGUCCUUCAAACAAGAUCACAGUAUACAGACCAAGCAAAUCCGUUCCUCCCUUUGGAAUCUAGCAUACAACCAGUUAAAACCCCGUGAAUGGAAAAAACUGGCCAUAUUCUGGAAGUUCACAGAUGAACAAAUUAAAGCCAUUGAAGAACAGUGGACAGGGAAAAAAAGUUACAAGGAACAUGGAAACAGAAUGUUGCUCAUCUGGUUACAUGGGACGCUGCUGGCUCAUCAGAAUCCUGUCAAACAUCUAUAUGAAGAUCUCAUGGCAGCAGGAUUUCAGCCUUUAGCUGAGAAGAUCAGAACUUCAAUUAGCACUGGCCUGGACUCCAGAAAAUGUGCAGUUUCAUGAGUUCAUCAAUAAAACAUGGCAUAUAUGGUGGAAUUACAUGCCAGAUGGAAAGUGACUUUCAAAUAAUUUCUGGAAACAAAAACCUAUUUUGAAGUUGUACAACGUUUUCCAAGCUAGAAGAACUUGCACUCCUGAAAUGUAGGUUACUUCUUUGUCAAAUGCUUGCUAUGCAACAAUUUAAAGAAUUUAAGAGUGAAUGGCUGACUGGUGAUUUAUGACUAUACUCCUAAGCAAGAGCCACCCCUUACAAUUUCUACACCUCACUUAACAUUGAUACACUAAUUCCAUACUGGAACUGCAAAUUAAUUUUAUGUUUGACAUGAAAUAUAAAUAAGAUGUUUUCUACCUGAAAAAGGUCAAAUUUAAUAAGUAAAAAUUAUUAGUAUAAAUAAAUCAACUCUUCCAGAAAUAGGCUGGCACCUGGCCUCAUCUGAGAUUCAGCUUUUCAUGAAGUCUUCCUAGGAUUAUGACAAGUCAUUCUUCUUCAGCAUUUGAAUUAUAUAGUGAAAAUACACAAAAAUGUCAUGUCUAAACUCAAGUGUGUCUGGCUACAGAAUCUUCUGUCAUGCUGUAUACAUACUCCAAAAAGAACAUUUGAUAUUUAAUACUUAACACAUCUAGAAAUUAUCUACCUAUUUCUUGUUCAUAUCUUGAAUUAAUAUUGGUAGUGCCUUGCUGAACAUAUUUAAAGGUUUUCUCAUUUAAUAUAUUGCAUAUCUGAAAAAUUAUGUAAAACCUCUAUCUUCUUUAUAACAACAUAGCAAUAUUUUUAUCAAGUAAUGGAAGAAUUGAAUCACCUUUUCUGUUUGUAUAUAAUCUGCUUUAUUUUGGACUGAAUCCUAUUGUUUGUACUAAAAAGAUAAUCUGUAUCUUUGUGUGAAGUUUUACACCAAACUGCCCUCUUGUGUGCAACCUAUUUUGACAUGUCUGCAAAGCAUCAUAAGAAUAUGAAGAACAGGCUGGUAAAUCCUCGAAUUAUGGAAUGCAUCAAGUUCUGCAACCUUAGCUUGAAAAAUGAGAAUGUUUAAGAAUUUGAUGGACUCAGUACCUCACCUGGCCCAAGCUGCACCCUGGGGUGUGAAGGAUACCACCCUGUUGUUCUUCAUUCAAGUACACUAAGAUGUAGGAUAUAAUUAAGGUGCAUGUCAAUUACACUUACUCACAUAAGCAACUAAAAGCAUUUAUAACAAAAAUAAAUUUAAUUUUCUCUU